UCCCCUCCAGAUCCUCGCGUAGCCCAGCCCCCACCCCCGCGCUCCACAUCCUUCCUCGCCCGCCUCCUCGCCGAUCGCCCGACACCCACCCGCUCCUCCCUGCGCCUCCUCCGCCACAUCCUCUUCCUCCCAAACCCCGCCCUACACCUCCUCGCGCUCCUCUCCGCCUCCUCUCCAGGCCUCUCGCUCCGCCUAGCCCUCCCCGCCUUUCGCUCCCUCCGCGCGCUCGCCUCCGCGUCGCCGCCGCCCAACCCCGUUUACAACCGCCUCAUCUUCGCCGCACCCCGCAAGUCCCAUCUCGACCUUGUGAAAACUAAACAGACCAGGAUCCCACCUUAUCCUUGCCCACCCAAUCCAUACUAUCCCUCCUCUAGUGCUCAGGCCCGCCGCCGUCCCAUCCGCAUUACGCGAUCUGCCCUCAUCCUCUCAUGCGCAGCCCCGUCGCUUCUCCCCACCUCGAUCAUUCCGGAGUGAUGACGGUUGCCGCGUUCCACCCUCCUCCUCACGUGCGCAGCCCCAGUUCUCCUUGUCGUAACCCGCGCCGCGCACCUUCUUGCCGGCCAUCGCGUCACCUCUCCUCGCAUUGGCCUCCUCCGACCGUGACGACGGCUGCGACCUCCUCCACCCCCGCGCAUCACCUCCAUCACAGCUGCCACAACCAGGAACGUGGCCAGUCCAAGGGAUGCUGUUGUAGAUCAUGUUUGAUGCCAGGAGGUGCGGCGGAGACCAGGCCGAGGGGUUGCGGCCAACCUGCAAGACGUACACAGUGCUCAUUGGGCAUCUUGCGGAUGCAGAAUGGGGGAUUCGGUGGUUGGUUCUGUCGAGGAACAUACAUAGGUUCAUGAUGAGUUGUGUAGAGAUUAAUGUCCGAGUGACCAUUGCAACAGAAAGACCAGUUGAUUGCAUGAGACUACACACAACGUUCCUUGCAAUGCUUACAGGCGGAGCAAGCGAUUGUGAGGUUAACAAGCGGGAUAAUCAUACUACGCAGGCAGGUAUCAUCCUUCCACACCCUGUCAUUGAUAUGAUGCAGUGCAACAAUGUGAAUUAUGUUGUGUGGAAACCAAGAGUUGGCAUGCCUGAAUUUCUGAUCAAUUGAGUUGAUUCGUUUUGAAUGCCAUGUGAUGUUGAUGUUCAAUUGAUCAACGGGAUGCUGCAUUGAUAUGGUUUGUAUGUUUUCUUGGAAGUGAAUAUUUCCAAGUUUGAUCUACCAAAAUUUCUCCAUAUUUUGCAAUCAUUUAGUGAAUGCAAUACAAUUCAUUUUCCUUCUUGCAAUCCGCUGUCUCCUGCUAUAGAACUAAGGUGAAAGAGAACUACUGAUUCCCCUUUCGUAAAACAUGUUACCUGGUAAAAAAAAGAGGGUAGAUUCACCAUGUGUCCGCAUGAAUGGGAACUCAUGCCAGGACCUUCUACUGUUGUUUGGUUUGUUUGGUGUACUUUUGUAUAUGUCAACAAUAUAUCAUCAUAGAACUAGAAACUUCUGAUUCUUUCUCAACAAUAACCAAUGCAAUGUGAUAUCAGAUGCUUUGAUUUUUGUUUCAGGCAAGCCAACUAGAAAAUUAUGAAUUGAAAACCUGCACUGGUUACAUGCAAAUUUUGUCGGUGCUUACUUCAUAUCUCUUUCUUCCGUUCUUCUUAUUGUGAAGGCACGCAUUGGUUUCAUGUAACUAACUUGGCUUAGGAAAGUGUCAUUUACUAAUUGUCACCUCCUUAGUUCAACUAUAAACUCUUCUUUGUUUCAAUUUUGUUUCAUAUGCAAUGAAAGUGAUAGUAUGUCAUUUUUUUUUUCACUUGCAAGUGCAGGUGCAGCUGCCAUUUCAGCAUAUAUUACCUGUCCAAUCCUAGACAUCCUUGUUAGUGGAAAGCCAUAGCCCGGAUCAGUCAUUUGGAAGCGUCCGUGUACAGCAUGAGGCGUUGUGCUUGAAUGUUUGCCAAUUUCGCAGGUGAUUGACUUCUUAGUA